AUGUUCCGCCGCGGGAGCGCCAGGCAGAAAAACGCCGUCGUCCCACCGGCGGAAGAGGCUCCAACACCCUCCUUCUCUCCGCUCAACACCAAAAUCUACGUCGUCUAUGGCGACACGGAAGAAUUCGCAAUGGAGCGUCAAAUGCUCUGGAUGGACAUAUUGCCGGAGUUGCAAAGUUAUGCAUUUCAUUCGGGAUUCGAUAUCGAAUGGAUUGAUCCGUUGAGCGAACGCGGUCACCUCACUGAGACGAUGGUCGAUCGCAUCAUGGCCGGAGUUGAGGCGGAGGGCAGCUGGUUGAUCUGUCUCCUGGGAGAUAAAUACGGUACAAUUGGACCACCGAAUAAGAUGUUGAAGGAGGAGUUCGAUGCUAUCCGAACUGCGGUAUUCGAGCAAAGCAGCGAUCUAAAAUUGUUGGAUCAGCAUUACGUUUUGGAUCGAACAGUUCCAAAUGAAGAGUACAGACUGAACACACCAUUAGAAGACGAUAAGCUGCGUGCAAAACUGACAAAAGUUGUUCAAAAAGGAGCAAAAAGUGCAUAUGACGAAGGAACGAUGAAUCAGGUGAACACGGACAGGCAAAGACGAUUUUUCUGGUCACCACUGCACAAAAUAGCGGCGAAAGCGCUGAAGCGAAACUCUCGUUGCACGAUGGUGCUACGAAAAUUUGACAACGUUCGACCGGACACAGGUACGAACUCGACAUUUUGCGACAAAUCACCGGAAGCAGCGGAGAGGAUCACUAGGCUGAAAAAUGAGAUAUCGGAGAAAAUCGAUAGCAAGCUGGUGUUCUCUCAUAUAUUUGUGCCAGAAAAUGGUGAUAUCGGGAGUUUUUUCACUUCACGAGAUGCUGAGAAGUACAGGGACACAUUGCAGCGGCAGAUCCUGGAACGCCUUAAAACCCAUUUGGUACUUCUACAUCCUACCAUUGCAGUCGCACCACGAACAAUUGUGGAAAUAGCUGCCUCGGACAACGAAUCACAUCUUCGGCGCUAUCAAACAUGUGGGGAACAUCCGUGGUACGUUCGUGAAGCAUUGGACGCAAAACUUCAAGAGUUUCUAAGCGCUGCUACGUCCAGUGGGGUAUUUUUGAUACAAGGACCUGAUUUGUGCGGAAAGACAAGGGCACUUUGUCAUCUUUACGAACAAACACCAUCCACAAAUUAUAAAAUCAUAAGGUUCAUCGAUCUCACACAUUCAUCAGUGUUCGCACACGAAGUCUGGCGAAAAAUCAACUUAGAACUAUGUGCGAUUAGUGGUAGAAGCCCCGAGACGGUGUCAAUGUCCUUCAAUCUCAUGGAGCAGCUGAAUUUGUUUGACGAAAUGGUAGCCAAUCUUGACAGGAUGUUGUAUUUAUUCAUAGAUGAUAUACAUUUGCUCAAACUUGGUCCAUUUAUGAGCACUAUCGGAAAACGGGUACAAAAGGCGCCUUCUAUGCUCGCACUGUUCAUAACCGCCUCGAAUAUUUCGCCGAUUUCCUCAUUUUAUACAAUAACUCAAACCUAUAAUAUGGACGCCCCGGAUGAGAACGAAAUUAUUGAAAUAGUCAAGAAAUCGGUCAUCAAUAGAAAUAUUAGUGGUGAUCAAUGGUCAACGAUCAAACAACAGCUUACGAGUAAUAAUCGAAGUAUAAUUGUUGCCGAAGUGUUACUUGAUCAGGUGCUCCUACGGAAGAACGGCGUCAUGAGCGGUGGUAUUCAAGGUCGUCUUGAACGAAUCGAAGCAGAGCUCGGAGUGUUGCCGGUACAGAACUUUUGUAUGUACCUGGUGUUGUCAACGCAUGGUUUAACCAGACUAGAACUGUACGAUCUUCUGUCCAGUAAUAUCGAUCUGAUGUCAAAGCUUGCCGCUACCGCUGGUUUUCCAACUCUACUAUUGGACAGGAUUAUAGAAUCGCUUGGUAGCUUGAUUCGAACAGAUUUCGUAGAUAUGCGGAAUGUUUACCGCCUGAGCCAUAACUGCCUUACUGGACUAUUCAGAACCAGGUAUUUUGCAAGCCCCAUGGAUCUCAAGACAACCCAUGGAGAAAUCGCUGAUUAUUUUGGAUCCACGAUGCUUGUUGAUGAGAAUAUCUCACCUAGAAAAGUCAUUUUCUAUCAGCCAUUCCCUCAACAAAUGAAUAGAGAGAACGGUUUAUGCAAUAUCAGACGUCUUCAUAAUUUAUGGUUCCACCUGCUUCAUACAGGUAAUAUGGACGCGCUAAAGGAAAUGGCCUUAUGCCAGUUUGAGUUCAUUGAAAGUGCUGUACGGUCUUGUGGUAUGGUACAUUUGUUGUCCAUGUACGAAGAAUGUGCUAUGCAGGUUCUGCAUCACGAUCUACAAGUAUUAUGCGAACAAGUCCUGAUCCCUGCAAUACCAACUGUCCUUCGAGAUCGCGAACAACUCGCUGCCGAAGUCAUCGGAAGGCUUCGUUACACUAGAGCCGAAAAUAGCCACUUCCUGAAUACAUUGGUAGAACAGGCGAUGACCUGGGUGGAUAACUACACCCGACAACCUCUGCUAGUGCCGUUGUCCUGCUGGAUUGCCCCGCCUGUGAUGAAAAAGAGCAGAACCUUCACGAUUAAGGACUGGAAGCCAGGUCAGACGGUACUCACGCCAACAUACAAUCACCAACAUAUCCUUAUCGCCGGAAAUCAGUCCGCUAUCGGUGUGAUCUACAUGUACCAUAUUGCCGCACAAUCGCUCAUGACUACUUUUAACGGUCAUACUGGAAACGUAACCUCCUUAUCCUGUAGCACCAGUGGAACAUUCUUUGUUAGCACUUCGGUAGACAAAUCGGUACGGAUCUGGAGUCUCAUGAAUGGCGAAUGUGUGAAGGUAUUGACUCCACACACCCACAAAGUUACAUGUAGUAUUAUAGCCAGUGACGAUUCUUUUCUAGUGACCGGAUCGUCUGAUUCCUCAGCAAAGGUGAUUGACAUCGAAAGUGGCGAAGUUCUGCGGUCAUUUACGGAACAUACCGGUAGCGUUGUAUCGUUACAACUCACUAUGAAUAAUGAAUUUCUCAUCACGGGCUCUGGUGAUUUCAUCGUACAAAUGUGGUCUUUGCAAACGGGUCGUUGUAUUUCUAGAAUGGGUGGUUUGAUGGCACCAGUUAGUUGUGUUUCAAUUACAUCAAAUGAUGCCUUUGUUGCUGUAGCUUGUGAAGAUGAGACACUACGUGUGUUUUCAACGGUUUCCAGUCAGGAACUGCACGAACUAAUGGGUCAUGAAGGACGGGUCAACGCGUUAGCUUGUGCUCAAGACGACUGUCAGCUAUUUGCGGCUACAAAAUCGAAAAUCUAUUGCUAUGACAUUCAUAAUGGUCAAAUCAUUGACACUCUCGAUUGUCAGCUACCGUAUGCAGUCUACAGUAUCAAGAUUUCCUCCGACAACUACUUCCUCUUCUCCGGAUGCGGGCCACGUGUCGAUGUGUGGAACAUUCAGAAAAGAAACCAUGAUGCACUUGAGGACACUGAACACAUGGGUUUCGUGACGGCAAUAUCUAUGAGUACAGAUGAUAAGAUAGCCGCUUGCGGGACUUACGACGGAGUGGUAGCCGUAUGGGAUCUCGACAUUUGUCAAUGUGUAUCCACGGCACCACAGAGCAAAGACAUACCUGUCUCGUGCUUGGCAUUUUCUUGUAACCAGAUAUUUCUUCUCAGUGGGAACACUAUUGGUACCAUCAGUGUGUUCGACUGCGCAACCGGAAGCUUACAUCGGACAUUUUCCUUGCACACUACCGAAAUUGUUUCUAUAUGUUGUUUGGAGAAUUACCGAGUGCUCAGCUGCGAUAAGGAAGGAAAACUUUAUCAAUGGGAAAUUUUUGGCGACGAAGAGAGUCUGGUCAUGAUGACACAAGGAGUAGCACCUCCGAUUUUCGCCGCACCAACAGGGAAGCUUGUGAUCGGCCACUGCCCAAAGAACUCAAAAGAGAUGAAGGUGAUGGUUAUGGCUGAAGAAGGACCCGUGCUCAAAAACAAACUGUCACAUAACGAAGAAAUCACGUGCUUCACAGCGACCGCCACGGGAAGCCUUGUAGCAACCGGUUCAUGUGAUCAGUCGUGUAAAUUAUGGCAGAUUGACUCGGGGUUCCUUACGCAGGUGCUGGUGGGACAUGAAGGAACGGUUACAUGUGUGGCUCUGGCCGAGGAUGAACGGAUUGUUAUUUCUGGAGCGGUUGACAAAAAGGUAAUUGUAUGGAAUGUCAGCACCGGAGACAUAGCCCAUUCGCUCGUCUGUUCGGCACCACUCACUGCCGUCUCGCUGUCAUCGGAUGGAACAGUGGCAUUUUCAGCGAGUGAAGACGGAUGGUUGGAAGCUUGGUCUACGGAAAAGGGUGCCCUGUUGUCAUCGUUUAAUGCUCACAGACCUAUACGGCAAGUGCUGAAUUCAGUGGAUGCUAACAGAUUACUCGUCCAACUCUCUUCGUGUGCUCAACUGCCUAUACUGUGCCUUCACAACUCACCCGCUGGUUCUCAUCCACAAACGCAGCGGAGACGUAGCGCAAGGACGCACUCAAUCACAAGUCUAGGCAAUGAUAACGCAGGCCCGAAUGUUGAGACAAAAGCUCGUGAAGGUGCAAGUUCGUCGUCUCAAGUAGGCAACGGUCACUCUGUGCAACCCAAGUCCGCCCAACCACGUUCAACGUUCGACAAAUUGGAUAAAGGACAGAACAGGAACUCUGUCAUAGAGAAGGAACGAUCCACAACGUUGACGAACGCACCUACUCCUCCGCAGAAGUCUCAUCUAUGUACCAUUAUUUGA